AUGGCUAACUACACUCUACAGGAGAACAAGGGCAUUUGGGCCAUACCUUUGGAAAUCACCGACUUCAAUAUCUUGGUUGCUCUGUUGGGUGGAUUCAUUUCGGUGUUUGGGCUAGUGUCAUAUCUCUUGAAGGAGACCUUUUACCUAUCUGAAGCCCUCAUCUCGCUCUUGGUUGGUGUGGCCUUUGGGCCGUAUGCGGCCGAUUGGAUUCGGCCGUGGUCUUAUGCAGCUUGUCACCGCGAUGGCCUCACGGACGCGCAAUGUCAGGACCGGCUGAAUGCCAUUACGCUCAACUUUUCCAGACUGGUACUUGGUGUGCAGCUGGUUCUCGCUGGAAUCCAGUUGCCAAGCAAAUACCUCUGGAAAGAGCUGAAACCCAUCUUGCUACUCGUCGGCCCCGGCAUGGCUUGUAUGUGGAUGGCUACAAGUCUUCUUGUUUGGGGACUGGUCGGCACACCUAGCUUUUUGCAUGCCCUGGCUGUCGGGGCAUGCGUCACUCCUACCGACCCCAUCCUGUCUGCCGUCAUUGUCAAGGGAAAGUUUGCCGACUAUAACAUCCCUAAAGAUUUGCAGGACCUUAUUGUCGCCGAGUCCGGAACGAACGACGGCCUGGGGUACCCAUUCUUGUUCGUCGCCCUCUACCUUAUCAAAUACAUAGGAUCGGCGGCAACAGAAGGUGGUGCUGCGGAUGCUAUGGGCCUUUGGUUUGCCUUCACGUGGGGGUACACCAUUAUUCUCAGCAUCAUCUAUGGCGCUGUAGUGGGUUGGAUAGGCAAAGAAUUGCUUUACUUUGCCAAACAACGUAACUAUGUUGAUCGUGAGAGUUUCCUCGUCUUCGCUGUCGCCUUGGCUCUAUUUGUUCUAGGCACCUGUGGGUUGAUUGGCACAGAUGAUGUGUUGGCGUGCUUCAUUGCCGGAAAUGCCUUCACCUGGGACGAUUGGUUCCGCCUACACACAAAAGAUGACUCGUUACAGCCGACGAUUGAUAUGCUUCUUAACGUCACCAUCUUCCUAUGGUACGGCGCCUAUCUUCCGUGGAGUGAUUUCGGCCACAACUCCACUAUUCCAUUGAGUCGAUUGAUCCCCCUUGGACUUCUGGUACUAAUUCUACGACGUCUACCGUGGAUAUUUGGCAUGCACAAAGCUAUCCAUCAAAUUAGUCAGGUCCGACAGGCUAUCUUUGUGGGCUUUUUUGGCCCAAUUGGUGUGUCGGCAGUGUUCUAUCUCUACAUUGGCAUAGAAUUCAUCCAGCAGCAUUUAAGUGAUGAGAACGGCGUUCCCAGAUCAGAUGUUAAGGAUCUUACCGAGACAAUUACAGUUGUGGUUUGGUUCCUCGUCGUGUGUAGUAUUGCUCGCAGACGUAUUCCCUUCUUCGGCAGGUUCCUGAGGGCACCGGAGGAUGUUGAGGCAAACCUUGCGGCGCAAGUGCGUCAGGGCACGGCGCCGAUUUGUCGGACGGGACAGGGACCUGUACCUUCCAAGAUUAAACAGCCAGAACGAGACUCCCGGGGAGAAACAGCUGCAGGCCCAAGCAGCCAUGAUGCUGAGAGUUCCGGAACUCGAACAGAUGUUGAGGCUGAGGCCAGAGUCUCGGGGGCGUGGACUCUGGCGAAGGGGAAGAUCCAAUCCUUUGACGAGCCUGAAGCCGGAAAGUCAGAAGCCAGCACUCCUGGUCGAAGUGUAAGAAGGGAAAUCCAGUUCUCCGACGAAGUGCCAAAGAGCCCACCAACUCCCUCCAAGUAG